GUGAGCUCGUGAAAUCACCAUCACUCACUUCGAUCACCAUCUUCCUAUCUACAUCUCUUCCUCACUUCCUUACUUCGUCUACUUCAACUGCUUCGUGGUUUUGACAACCUCCUUUCACUUGCCUUCAUUUCUCAAAUCAUUGUUCCGUCUCUGUCAAGUCGAUUUCAGCACGCAAGCAAAGCUUCCUCCUCAAUUGUUCAUCAUGGUUAACUUCAACCGCCUCGCCUACGCCCUGGCCAUCGCCAGCUACGCCUCUGCUCAAUCUUUCGGAGGCCCUGCUCCUAGUGGACCUCCUCCCAGCGGUCUUGCACCAUCCGGCGCUCCACCUUCAGGUCUACCCUCCGCUGCCAGGCCCACCGGCCCGCCACCUUCAGGUGCUCCGCCAGCCCCAUCCCGCGCCGCGAAGCGCCGUGCUCGUCGCCAAAACGUGUCUGGCCUUCCUCCUCCACCGAGCGGGACUGAGCGCCCUACUGGACCUCCUCUUUCGGGGACUCCUCCGCCCACAGGCCCUCCUCCAUCGGGUGCGCCUCCAGCUCCGUCUGAUGCUGCGCAGAAUGCGCGCCGUCAGGCAUCUGACCUUCCCCCGCCGCCCAGCGGAACUGAGCGCCCCACCGGACCGCCUCCUUCGGGAACUCCUCUUAUCAGCCCUCCACCAUCUGCUAUCAUCUCAGGUGUGAAGCCCACUGGUCCCCCUCCGUCAGGAUCUCCUCCCGCGCCAUCGAAUGCAGCAAACAACAAUGCCCGCCGCCAGGACGCCUCUGCCCCCUCGCUGCCGUCAGGAUCGCCUCCAUCCAAGCCUUCUGGUGCUCGUCCCUCUGGUCCACCACCCUCAGGAGCUCCGACCGCCUUCCCAUCUGGACCGGCACCUACGGGUCCUAUUCCCACCGACUUGCCUGCUGCGCCUUCGGGCUUUGUAACUAGCAUCCGCGGCUAGAUAGUCGAUGGAUCUCGCGACCGCGCUCUCCAACAGCCGUUGGAAGGAUUCGAUUAAGCGUGGAGCGCAGCCAGCGGCAUCAAGCAUCCAUCAGAGACGUGAGAGCAGUAUUCAGGUUGCACUCUAGUUCUGCUACUUCAGCACCCGGUAUUUCCUUACUAUCCACCUGUUUUUCCUUUCCAUUGUCAUUCCCACUGUUACACUCAUUUGCUUGGCGUUUCCAAUCUUGCUUUUGAAUUCGCAUGGAUAGAGC